AAUUAGAUAAGAAAUCAAUGAGAGAAACCUGGUGACUCAGGUUUGUUCACAAAGAGUGACCGGAAAGCUCCAGGUUAUGGAAUUUCCUCUGACCUAAUACAGGAAUGAGCGGCACAGCUCUCGCUGUUGAGAGAAUAUAAAAAGCCAGGGGUACUCUUCAUCCAGCACAAGUCCCUGAGGACAACAGAGCUCACCAGCAUCUAGGAGAAGAGCCCAUCAGAAACCACCUUGCCAUAAACAUGACUUCCAAGCUGGCCGUCGCUCUCCUGGCAGUGUUCGUGCUUUCUGCAGCUCUGUGCGAAGCUUCAGUUCUGCCGAUAAUAGAAUCAGAACUUCGAUGCCAGUGCAUUGGUACGCACUCUACACCUUUCCACCCUAUGCUUAUCAGGGAACUGAGAGUGAUUGAGAGUGGACCACACUGUGCAAAUUCAGAAAUCAUUGUAAAGUUUAAGAAUGAAACGUUGCUCUGCCUGGACCCCAAGAAACACUGGGUGCAGAAGGUUGUGCAGACAUUUUUAGAGACAGCUGAGACGAAAGAGCCAUGA